AUGGAGAAUAGGAACAACGUGACAGAGUUUGUUCUACUGGGGCUCACAGAGAAUCCAGAUAUGCAGAAAAUCAUAUUUGCUGUGUUUCUGGUCAUCUACAUCAUCUCUGUGGUCGGAAAUGUGCUCACCGUGGUCACUAUCACUGCCAGCCCACUAUCAGGGUCCCCCAUGUACUUUUUCCUGGCCUAUCUCUCCUUCAUUGAUGCCUGCUAUUCUUCUGUCAAUACCCCUACACUGAUCAUAGAAUCACUCCAAUCACUCCGUGAAAAGAAGACCAUCCCAUUCAAUGCCUGUAUUAUCCAAAUAUUUGGGGAACAUUUUUUUGGAGGUGCUGAUAUCAUCCUGCUUACUGUGAUGGCCUAUGACCGCUAUGUGGCCAUCUGCAAGCCAUUGCACUACAUGACCAUCAUGAAUCGGCGGGUAUGUGGCCUACUAAUGGGAGUGGUGUGGGUCGGAGGCUUUCUACAUGCAACCAUACAGAUCCUCUUUAUCAUCCCAUUACCCUUCUGUGGCCCUAACGUCAUAGAUCACUUUAUGUGUGAUCUGAACCCUUUGCUCAAUCUUGCCUGCACUGACACCCAUACUCUAGGGCUCUUUGUUGCUGCCAACAGUGGUUUCAUCUGUGUGUUAAACUUCCUCCUCUUGAUGGUCUCCUAUGUGGUCAUUCUGCAUUCGCUAAGGAGCCACAGCUUGGAGGCAAGGCGCAAAGCCCUCUCCACUUGUGUCUCUCACAUCACAGCAGUCCUCCUAUUCUUUGUGCCCUGCAUAUUUGUGUACAUGAGACCUGCAGCUACUUUAUCUGUUGAUAAAGCAGUUGCUGUGUUCUACACUAUGAUAACGCCUAUGUUAAAUCCCUUAAUCUAUACCUUGAGAAAUGACCAGAUGAAAAAUGCCAUUAAGAAAUUGUGUAGUAAGAAAGCUGAUUUAGGUGACAAGUAA